AAAGGGGAAAAAAAAAGGAAGAGAUUUGGUAACCAACUAGAGAACAAAACAAAAGCUUAGGGGAUGUGUUGGUGGGGCUGGGCAGAGAGCAAUGGACAAGACAAGAAAUAUUAAGCUACUCUCGACUCCCGCUUUGCUUUCUCCGUUGGCAAUUGAUGUUGAAUUUGUGUAAACCCCGAGGAGGCUCCCGCUUUGCCUCUGUCUGAGAGUAGAGUACUUUGAUGGCUGUCUAUUCAAGUCCCGCUCUUUGGUCGACUGCUUCUCUCCUCUCUUCGCCUCCUCCUCGCCUAUGUUUCACUCGACGGACUCUCAGACCCUCCUCCGCCUUUUCUUCUCCACCUCUCCCUUCCAAUGCCCGAGGAAAAGCAUUUCCAGGUGAUGCAGUCCUAGACACGAAAGAAUCCCCCCUUGUGGUUUGUUUCGGGGAGAUGCUAAUUGAUUUCGUCCCAACCACCAAUGGACUUUCAUUGGCCGAAGCACCUGCAUUUAAAAAAGCUGCUGGAGGAGCCCCUGCUAAUGUUGCAGUUGGCAUAGCUCGUCUUGGUGGCUCAUCAGCCUUUAUUGGGAAGGUGGGCGAAGAUGAAUUUGGAUACAUGCUUGCUGAUAUAUUAAAGGAGAAUAAUGUCAACAAUGAAGGGAUGCGUUUUGAUCCUGGUGCACGAACUGCUUUAGCAUUUGUUACGUUGAGGAGUGAUGGGGAACGUGAGUUCAUGUUUUAUCGUAAUCCUAGUGCUGAUAUGUUGCUUCAAGAAGCUGAACUUGAUUUUGAUUUGAUAAGGAAGGCAAAAAUCUUGCACUAUGGUUCUAUAAGUCUUAUUACAGAACCAUGCAAGUCCGCCCAUAUUGCAGCAGCAAAAGCUGCAAAGGAAGCUGGUGUUGUUUUAUCAUAUGAUCCCAACCUCAGGCUUCCGUUGUGGCCUUCUGCAAAGAGUGCCCGAGAAGGAAUUUUGAGUAUAUGGGAGACUGCUGAUAUUAUCAAGGUAAGUGAAGAAGAGAUUUCUUUUCUAACAGAAGGAGAAGAUCCAUUUGAUGAAACUGUCGUUCGCAAAUUGUACCAUCCAAAUCUUAAUUUACUACUUGUCACUGAAGGCCCCGAUGGUUGUAGAUACUACACCAAGGAGUUCAGUGGAAGAGUCAAGGGUAUGAAGGUAGAUGCCGUGGACACAACGGGUGCUGGGGAUGCAUUUGUAGCUGGAAUACUAUCUCAACUAGCAGUUGAUCUCUCUUUGAUUCAGAACGAGGACAAACUGAGAGAUGCACUUCUGUUUGCUAAUGCUUGUGGUGCUCUGACUGUGACGGAAAGAGGAGCUAUUCCGGCUUUGCCAACUAGAGAAGCUGUGCUGGAUGUCAUGUUCAAGUCUGUAGCAUAGAGUAUUCUACUGGAGAAUUGCUCAGUUCUCAUCAUCCAUGACAUUCUUUUGAUCCCGGUAGAAACAAUCGUUGUGUAACUCCUAACAUAUGUUUUGUGCACAGGUUAAUUCGGUGUAGUAAUUUUCAAUAUUCAAUAGCUUAUAUGUUGUCUU